UGGUGACCCGGGAACCAAAAUAAAAAGGGGGCGGACAUUGCAGCUUCAUCUUCCGGCUGCAGUUUAAUCUUUUAGACCUUCCUGGCCGGCACAGGAUCACAAAUAACAAACCUUUCAAGAAGAAACCGGGCUGAGUGAAUUUGUACAGAGCUGCAAUGAAUGGGCUUCUGGCGCUGGUUGUGGGUCACCGCGUAGCGUCGGUGCAGAUAAGGAGUCAUUGGUACUGCACGUCUGCUGCUUCACCAAAGAGAGCUGUCAUCGCAGCCAAACAUCCCUUUGAAGCAGAACUUCAAGCAGCCAAACUCUACGCUUGGUGUGCCUGUGGGCACAGCAAGAAGCAGCCAUUCUGUGAUGGGACCCACAGGUCCGUCCCUUCAGCUCCCACUCCACUGAGGUUCAAACUGGAGGAGGCGAAGAAGGUGUGGCUGUGUGGCUGCAAACAGACCAAACGCCCUCCGUACUGCGAUGGCACUCACAAAGAGGGCUGGAUCCAACAGGCUGCUCUCCAUGCAAGCCCCCAUUUGGAAUAGAACUGAGACACAAGGUGCUGUACAAGCAACAACACACGCUACAAAAAAAAAAUCUCUGUUCACCUGCUGUAACUUUUUUUUUAAAAGCAGUUAAGGGUUAAGAAUUUCUGUCCUAUGUGGGAUUAUAAAAAUUUGAGUUAAACUGAACAGUAGUUCCUGUUUAAGGAGAAAAAAAUGCAAAUAAAAAGGACUGAAAUGAUUUUCAGUAAAAAUCAACAUAAAGGCAAUCACUCCAUAAACUUUUCAUUGUUAUGCUUUAAUUUUCACUUCUGGUUUAGUUACACACUUGUAAACAUAUUUAAAAAGUAUGGAACUCUGUCUCCUACAUGCUUUAGUUCUGUCUUGUUUUUAAAUUGUCUUGGUCCAAUAGCAAUAAAUCUCACAAAUGUGUAACAGAAUCAAUUGAAAGUGGUUUAGAUUCUUUCAGGAAGGUUGCAGCUUAGGUGGGAUAUUUUGGGAAAAUUUGGGUGAAUUCUAAGCAUGCUGAUCCAAAAUUAAUGUGAAAAAUAAUCCCAAACCUAAGGGAGUUUUGAAAAUAUCAUGGCACUGAAAUUUGCCCAGCAUCUCCCUGCGUCUUUGGCAGAACCCCAGAUAAAUGUCCACUUCUAAUAGUUUGCAUCUCUUUCUGUAACCAUUUACAACGUCUCUCCAGGAUCCCGCUGGUCUCUAACAGUUGUUACAACGAGAGACUGGGAAAACCUCCCAAUCCUAUAGAAUUUCAGGACCUACGUGUAGGAAAGGAUCCAGCUAAUUCAUUUUCCAGAGGUCUGGUGGAAUAUUAUUCCCCCUUUCCCCCAGUGUGCCUACUCCACUUGGACCCCAUCUCCAAAUGUUUGAAUAGGUAGAAAAAAAAUCUAGCUGUGAUUUACGGAUCUCACAGCCACUAGUGCAUACUGGGAAAAUUGCAAAUUCUUUCAGCCCCAAUUUUAACCUGACCUGUCAGGUAGGUUCGGGAUCAGGCAUGCUUUUCACACAGUUUUACGGUCUGUUCAGUGUUGCACAGGCCCCUUAGCUGUCACCACAUUGCGCACCCUUAAACUAGUAAAUUGUAGCUUCCACCUGUCAGGAUUGUCUCCCUGCAAGAUGAUAGAGUGCCUUUUUUAAGACAGCUAUUUAAAAUAUGUGAGUGAUACAAUAACUCAUUAUAUAUUUUUCCAGGGGAUUUCCCUCAACAAGGGGCGUUCACUGCUCCAACUAUUCUGUAACCCAUGCAGGUGGCGGGCGACAAAAGCUAGCACUGUUAACAGCUUAAUCCUUGCAAGGAACAGCUUUAAUAUUUCAGAGAUUUCUGCCUUUUCAAAUCCUACCUAAACCACUGUUUUUAAAAAAACAAAAAUAAUAUUUACUAAACAUUCUGGUGUGUCAUAAAGAGUAGUGAAGGCAUUCAUUAAGUCUUCACAUUAUUUAAGUGCCGUGGUUAAGGUGUUCAUGUUAAGUUCCUGCCUGCAGGAUUCAAUGAUGCAUGGCAUAAAUGUGUACAAAGAAUUUCAGGAAACCUUUAACACAAUGAUUUUCUAGUCAUUCUCCCUUAAACAAUUGAUACCAGGAAGAAAGAACUUGCAUUUAAAUAGCAACUUUCCCAACCUUAGAGCGUCACAAAACACUUUACAGCCAGUGUAAUAUUUUUGAAGUGCAGCUAUUGUUGUAAUGUAGGAAAACAUUGCAAUGGAGAUAACACUGCCAAAGCACUUCAUUGGCAUUAGCACGUUUAGCAUUCUAGUCAAUAACCUUUGAAGUGCAGUACAAAUAUUUGCUAGUUUAAUUAGCUAUUCAGUUGUCUUUGGUGUGGAGAUGACUCACUAUCCAGUAAAAUACCACAAAAAUAAUUUUAAAUUGCACUGAUGCUUCUUGUUGCAUCAUGAUCAAUUGUAAAUUUAUUACCGAGGUUGUUAGGCAUUCUGAUAUCUGCACCUUUAUGCUGCAUGGAAUUGGCACUUUAAUUGCUCUAUAGUGAGUGCCAGAUUCAUUUCCAAGUAAAGUGGAGCUGUCUGUGUGCAUUCUCUAAUGUUUGUGUGAAGUUCAGCUCACCAGUGUAACACACACAAUGAACCUUAUCAUUGGACAGUGACCAUAACGCAUGGGAUCGGUUAGGGAAGCAGCUGGAGGCUAUGAAGGGGGUGACUGUGGGUCCUUGAAGGCUCAAUGAGAUGGGCUGAAUGGCCUUUCUCCACCCAGUCUUUCUUGUAAACAGCUGACUUAAGAUAAAUCAGCUGUUAAGAGAAGCUGUUUAAAUAAGAUUGAAAAAAAAUCUGCCCUUGCAACUUAUGCUGUGGAGAUUGAGUCUCCGCUCAGUGAGUCGCAUGCUUACCUCUGAGUCAGAAGGUUGUGGAUUCAAGCUCCAAUCCUGAGACCUGAACACAAAACUCAAGCUGAUACUCCCAGUGUAGUACUGGGAGAGGGCUAUACUACCUGAGGGGCUGUCUUUCGGAGGAGACAUUAAACCAACGCCUGUUCAGUCUUUUCAGGUAGCUGCAAAAGAUCCCAUGGAGCUAUUUUGAAGAAAGUCAAGGAAUUCUCCUCGGUGUUCCGGUCAAUAAUUAAUGCCUCAACCCACAUCACUAAAAUAGAUUAUUUGAUCGUUAAUGUAUUGUACGUUUCGAAAACUUGCUGUGCAAUUGAGCUAAAUUGUGCAAUUUAGCUGCCCUGCUUUCUGCAUUACAACAGUGACUACACUCCAAAAUAUUUUGUCAUAAAGAGCAUAGGAGUAUCAUGGGAGUCUGGAAGGUGCUAUAUGGAUGCAAGUCUUUCUUUUUUAUCUUUUCCACUUGUCUUCUCAGUGAGUGAUGUUUAGCUGUAGGGAGACCUAAGAUACGGUUUCAGCAGGGGCGUCAUUCAUAGAACUGUGGCAGAUUUUUCCCUCCUUACACUGGGGCUCUGAGGCCAUUGGGUGCCUGUCAUUUACAUUUCCUGGAAGCUCUUAAACCAGACGCUGCUGAUAUGACAGAGCAUUCUGUUUUUCUUUCAUACAAUUUAAUUUAUUUCUCUCAAAGAGUUUUUGUAAUGUGAAAAACAUUUAUCUGAUGUGAAAGGAGUUUGUCCAGCCUGAGCGAAGAUCCAUAAAUCUCAUGAUAAUUUUGUUGAUGUUAAGAAUGUAUUUACUUGACAAUAAUUAAAGAUUUAAUACAAUA